UAUUGGAUUUGAUUCCAGUUAGUUCUGUUGAGAUCACCUCUCCCAAUUAUCCUAACAUGCUGAACUGCACUUGGACUUUUUAUUCCAUGUCAGGAAAUAGAAUGAAGGCAGUGAUUAACGACUUUAUAACAGAAGAAUCUUGGAGCUGUAAAUGGGAUUACUUCAACAUUUAUGAUGGACCAGAUCAGCAAUCAAGAUUACUUGCUCACUUAUGUGGCUCCAAGAAAGAAUUUGUCUUGAUAUCCAGUGAUGCUUACCUAACUGUGAAUUUUAAGACUGAUGAGUCUGUGGGAGAAAGAGGUUUUAGACUUAUUUUGGAAGAUGUGAUUCAGAAGCAAUCACAGAAAAGUGAUUUUGGGACCCAGUUGCCUAUCAAUGGGAUGACAGUAGAAAAUACCAGAGGACAGCCUACCCAAGACAAAUGUGGAAUUCCGGUUGUUGACCCAUUUCCUAUGGAAGGCUCUGAGAGAAAUACAGAUGUGCUGCCAGCCAAGCUUGGGGAGCCCAGGGUGGUCGGUGGCCAUGCCGCCCCUGCAAUGUCAUGGCCCUGGCUGAUCAGUUUGCAGCACCAAGGACAGCACUACUGUGGCGGUGCACUGAUUGGCAAACAGUGGGUCCUGACAGCCGCACACUGUAACUUUAGUACUAUCACAGAUAACCUGGUAAUAGGAAGACAUUACCUGUGGAACAUAGGAAACAGUGAUUUGAUACCAGUGAAAGCUGUGUACACUCAUCCUGGCUUCACACAGUUUCCUCCCAACAAUGAUCUGUCUUUGUUACAUCUGGAAAAGCCCGUUCAACUAGGAGAGUUUGUAUCUUCAAUCUGCUUGCCAGGGAAAGAUGAAAAAAUAAAUUUACUUUCCAAAUGUAUGACUGCUGGGUGGGGAAAAACUGAACCACAUGAAGAUGAAUUUUCUAAAACUGUGCAGCAGGCAGAGGUACCACUGAUCAGUAGCGCAUCUUGUCGAAGCUACUGGGGACUGGAUGUUAAGAACACCAAUUUGUGCGGAGGAGCUGCAGGAUCAUCAUCAUGUAUGGGAGAUUCCGGAGGACCACUGCAGUGCUCUCAGGAUGGGCAGUACAAGCUCAUCGGUAUUGUGAGCUGGGGCAGCAGUAACUGCCAUCCCUCUGCACCAACGGUCUUCACCAGGAUUUCUGCCUACAGAGACUGGAUCACAUCUGUCACUGGAGGAGAAGUGUGAUCACUGAAAGAACAGCAUGGCAGAACUGUGUUGCUAAGUGGGAAAGGAAACACAGAAUAGCCUACCUGAAGAUGUGUGUCUCUUGUCAUUUCUACCAAACUCAAUGUCACUUUCCACAACCCUUGUCAUUGAGGAGCUUGGUUUUGGUGUGUAUAUACAUUCAAUAUUAAACAUCGGUCACAGACAGUUAAUGUUGGU